AUGGCGGGAGGGGGGCUGCGGGUGCUGGAGGCGCUGGCGGCCUCGGGGCUCCGCUCCAUCCGCUUCGCCAAGGAGGUGCCGGGGCUCCGGGCCGUGGUGGCCAAUGACUUCUCAGCUCGGGCCGUGGAGCUGAUGAAACGCAACGUGGCCUUCAACGGGGUGGGGGACCUGGUGGCCCCCAACAUGGCCGAUGCCAGGAUGCUGAUGCACCAGAGCAAGGCGGAGAGGGAGCCUUUUGAUGUGAUCGACCUGGACCCCUACGGCAGCCCCGCACCCUUCCUGGACGCGGCCGUGCAGGCGGUGAGCGAAGGAGGGCUGCUCUGUGUCACCUGCACGGACAUGGGGGUGAUGGCGGGGAACAGCGCCGAGACCUGCUACAGCAAAUACGGGGCCGUGUCCCUCAAGGGCAAGUUCUGCCACGAGAUGGCCCUGCGCAUCAUCCUGCACAGCCUGGACGCCCGCGCCAACGUCUACCAGCGCUUCAUCCUCCCCCUCCUCUCCGUCAGCGCCGACUUCUACAUCCGCGUCUUCGUGCGGGUCUUCACGGGGCAGGCCAAGGUGAAAGCCUCGGCCAGUGCCAACCCCAGCUCUAGAAAACGGGGAUUGAAGCGGUUCCCGGAAAACCCCGAAGCUUUUUGGGGUCCCAAAGCCAGGGCCAAGGCUGGGGGUGGAAUCUCUCCCUCCCUCCAGGAGAAGCGGAAGCGACACCAGAACAAACGGACGGAGCGGACGGACGACGGCACCAGCCUGAAACAAUUCCCCUGCAAACGCUUCAAGGAGGGAAACUGCUCCUUGGGUGCUCAGUGCUGUUACUCACACGAGGGGGGAGCCCCGGCUGCCCCCAACCCUGAUGCCACCUCUCCCCCCUCCAAUUAAAAUGUGCCUGAGAAGA